AUGGAGCAGCAUCAGCAGGUGGAGAGGCUGCGGGUGAGAUUGGUGCCCGCUGGAACGGCGGAGGAGCGUGCCAGGAAUAUCAUUGCCAAUGUGGUGCUGGAGGAUGGUCUGGUCCCCUUCAUCGACGAUCAUGCGGCGGAGAAGGUGACCCUGAUCCCGCAGGAGUCGGCUGCUCCAGUUUCCUCCUCCAACCAGCAGCCUCGCCUUCGGUAUUAUGCCGUAGGACCCUCCACCUACAAACUAUUGUGCCCCCUUUGUAAGGAGAGGAGCCAGGCGGCUGUGAUGCGAGCAGCCAGUUGCAAGGACGCCAGCUUCUGUCUCAGUUUGCUAUCCUGCAUCUUUCCGCUCUUCUGGAUCUGCUGCGUUUGCACCUGGUGUGGCUGCAACCGGGAAUGGACCACCAAGGGGGUUUAUUGCAGCUCGUGUGGCGGCAAAGUGGGUAUCCAGCGCAAGGCCAAAUAGCCCAUUUAACGGACCAAUUAAAACGAUAUUAAUGCCAAAUAUUUGUACGUUCUAUAAUUCUAUUACGCAUCUAACUCAAUUAAAGACGCACUGUAAAUCAUA